AUGGCGUCUCCUUCAACCCGUCGUCUGCUGAAAGAAAGCACUGACCUGCAUAAGAACCCAAGCCCUUACUUCUCUGCCGCACCAACCAGCGACUCAAACCUGCAUGACUGGCACUUCACACUAGCAGGACCUCCGUCAUCCCCUUACUCCAAAGGCCUCUACCACGGUCGCAUAACCUUCCCGGCAACCUACCCACUGCGCCCGCCAUCAUUCCGCUUCUUAACACCCUCAGGCCGCUUUGAGGUCAAUCGCGAGAUCUGCCUAAGCAUAUCCGGCCACCACGAAGAAACAUGGCAACCGGCCUGGGGAGUGCGCACAGCACUACUAGCCAUUCGCUCCGAGAUCUUCGGCUCCGAGAGUCAGGGACAGGUCGGUGGCAUGGAGGGAAGUGAAGAGAUUCGUAAAGAAUAUGCGAAGCUUUCGCUCGAUUGGACCUGUCGCGAAUGCGGGACCAGCAAUCUGGAGGGCAUGAAAGAGGUUUGGGAGUCUUGUCGGGACCGUGAGAUUGAUGUUGAUGUCGAGGCUGCUGGCGGCGUUGCUGAUUCUCAAACCGAGGCUACUGAGAGCCAAGGACAGGCUCCUGUUCCUGCGAAUGGGGAUCAAGAGAAUGCCCAGCAAGGUCCUCCGAGUCACGGAAACCUUACAGAUGAGGCUCCUGUUCAGGCCACUUCUCAACCCCCUUCAGCUCCAGCUCCAGCCUCCGAGCCUGUGCCUGUAGCUGCGGCAUCAUCUGCGCCGGCGCAGGUGUCAGGUGUUGUCUCUACGCAACCAAUGUCUAGCCAUUCACCCUCUACCAGAAUAGCCGAGACCCCAUCUGAAAGCGUUUGGCUGGACCGGGCUAUCAUUGGCGUUGUCAUUGCUCUUGUUGUAGUCAUACUGCGACGGGUGUCCAAUGUCGAUGACAUGUGA